AUGAACGUUCACAAAGUAGCACAGAUAGGCUUUGGACUGCAAGCCCGUGCUUAUGAGCUAGCAAGGCCAUCAUAUCCUCCUGCAGUUGUGAAUUACGUGACAGAAAACUUUCUAAAGAAUGGCACUACCAAGGAAGUUUUAGACCUAGGCAAGUUUGGACCUGAUCAUCGUAUUGUUUCUGAAAUAGCUGCCGGAACCGGUAAAUGGACAAGGCUGCUACCCAAGGAUCUCAAACGAGUUGUCGCGUUGGAGCCGUCGGCCGAGAUGAGAGCCCAAUUCAAAAUCAUCCUAAACGACGUCGAUAUAUUGGACGGAACAGCUACGUCGAUACCAUUUGCAGACAACUCAUUCGACCUCAUCACAGUAGCUCAGGCCUUCCACUGGUUUAGCAACAUAGAAUCACUAAGGGAGAUGCACCGUGUACUCAAGCCUGCCGGGAGUGUCGCUCUGAUAUGGAAUAUGGAAGAUCAACGGACGCCUUGGGUGAGGAGACUGAGAAAAGCAUACGAACCCUAUGAUGGCGCAACACCACAAUACAGAAUGAACUUAUGGCGUCCUGUGCUGGAAAGUACCGAAUUCAAAGCUUUAUUCACUCAAAAGAAGGAGGUGCAAUUCACGCACGAGGUUCUGUGCUCUCGGGACAUUGUCUGGAAUCGAGUGUUGUCAAAGUCGUAUAUAUCUGUUUUGCCUGAGAACGAGCAGGCCAAGCUGAAAGCUACUGUAGAAGACAUGGCACAAGUAGGCCUUUCAACAUAUUCAAAGGAAAUUCUCGAAUCAUUCAACGCUGUAAAAGAUCCCAACACGGAUACAAAUUGGGUUCUAUAUAGUUACGACAAGGAUAACCAGCUCAAGCCAUUCGGUUCUGGUGAUGGCGGCCUUGAAGAACUGACUGACGAAUUCAACUCGUCAAAAAUACAAUAUGCAUUUACAAGAGUAGUAGAACCCAUCUCUGGUCUUCCGAAAAUCGUCAUGAUAAACUGGUGCGGUGAAGGUGUACCGGUUAGUAGGAAAGGGCUAUUCAACUCGCAUGUAAAUGACAUCCAGAGAUUCUUUACGGGUGUACAUGUGGCAAUCAACGCGAGAUACGAAGAAGACGUGACCGCCAAAUCAAUAAUGAAGAAAGUACAAGACUCGAGUGGUGCCAAGUACAGCAUCCAUCAGAAAGGAGGAGCAGAAAAUCUUCAACCAGCCCCGAAACCUGUUGCAACAGCUCCUCCUCCAAAGCCUACGCCUUAUUCUGGAGCCUACUUGAGCAAAGGAACCACGGCGUCUGUACCAGCAGCACCAGCAGCGCCCAGCAUACCAUCAAGGCCCACUCCAGCUCCUGCAGCUUCCCAAGCACCACCACCUCCUGCAGUAAAUUCAUCCUCAACAGUAGCACCGCCCCCACCAAACAGAAGGAAUGAUGCCCCAGUUGAUGAUUUGCUGGAUGGUGAUAGAAAACGUAUAGCUGAACGUGAACGCCGUAUGCGUGAUGAUGCUGAGCAGCGGGAACGAGCAGAGCAGGAGCAACGAGACCGAGAUGCUCGUGAAGCUGCUCAAUCCACCAGUGCUGCUUCGGCGGCGGCACGUCAACGAGAAACAGAUUCAAAGAUUUCUGUUGCUCCACCCGCUCAAGCAUUGCCUGCUAGACCUGCACGACCAGCUGUAGCGUCACCGCCUGCCAAGACUGCUACUGCCCAAUACAACUAUACGCCUGAAGAAUCGAAUGAAAUAGAAUUAGUGGAAGGUGACCUCAUUACAAAUAUUGAACAGGUUGACGAACAAUGGUGGCGAGGGACAGUCAAUGGGAAUACAGGCCUUUUCCCCAGUUCGUAUGUGACAAUAAAUGAUCCAUCAAGGCCAUCUACACCACCAGAGAUCGCUAGUCGCCCAACUGCAGCAAUACCAAAAGUAGCCGAAGUGGUAGCUCCUCCGCCAGCUCCAAGGCCAGUGGUAGCUCCUCCAGCUGCUCCACCACGACCUCAAACCAAGACUGCUAUUGCUCAGUAUGACUACGAAGCAUCAGAAGAUAACGAGAUUUCCUUCUCUACGGGAGAUGUCAUUGAAGACGUUGAUACUGAAGUUGAUGAGAUGUGGUGGAAGGGAAGGGUUAACGGAACAACAGGGCUGUUCCCUGCCAAUUACGUAGAGCUUCAGUAG